AUGAACAUGAUGCGCAAGAAGGCGCAGUACGUGAACAUCACGCCCAUACCAUCCUACAUCCCGCGUCAGCUCGCAAUCGACUUCCUCCACAGCCAUGGCGAAAUCAUCGAGCUGAAUCCACUCGUCACCGGCCACGAACCCAUCAAAGCACCGCGCGACGCUCCUGCAGACGAAUUCUAUUCAACAUGGUACGAGAUCUCGCAGCGCAUACAAUACAUACCCGGUAUUGGCAAGAUGGGAAGCGGCGCAAUCAAAUUUCGAGGCGUCUUCCAUGACCUGCCCUUCGGCCUGCAGACACACACUUAUGCGCCUGCAAAUGUCGACCUGCGCAACAAGUGGCAGAUUUGCGGAAACCAGCCUGGCGAACCACCUGAGCCGAAAGAGCUGGGCUCAGGUGCGCCACCUGAGGGACUUUACAUACGCGAGGAUGUGGAGAUCAAGUGCAAUAUGACCAUGCUCAGCUUUGUCAAGAAGGAGAUGAAGGCAGCUGCAAAGGUCAUGGUAGACCGUUUAGUCAAGAAGGCUGAACUACUCGACUCAGGAGCGUUGCAUGCCAUGAUGGAGAACGGGCGGCUGAAGACGGUCAACCCAGCAGAUCGUUCAGCGCACGAUUACAGGUCGCCACAACCAUCGCCAACGCAGCCCUACCAGAUGCCCAUGUCACCGCACAGGCAGAGCCAACAGUAUGCGCAGCCUGAUCAGAACGCUCCACCAGUGCCACCGAAGCAGCUCCUAGGAACGAACGACGUCGUGAUGGAACUACCAGGCGACUUCUACCACCCUCAACCAUCUCCCACCUUCCUGCACCCGAACCAUAACCGCACAUCUACCGCCUCCGAGCCGUCGCAAUACUCACCCCAGCCGCAAGAUGUGCGCUGGUCAACCGCAUCGCACAGCACUGUUAGUUCACGGCCGAGCUCCUACGCGCCCUCAGAGGGUAUGCGCUCGCCAGGGUUGGAGCAAAAGGCGUUCGCGGCCGAGCUGCCGACAAUGGAGGAGACGAAGGAAGAGCAUAAUGUCAGGCAGAGGCGAGAGAGCGACCACAAAGGUCAGCAAGCGUACACAUACAAUCCACAGGAUUACGCUCGGACACAGCAGCAGUAUGGAAGCAACCCACCAUACCCGGUGUAUGGGCAACAAUAUCCCCAACGGUAA